UUCAACUUUCAUUUCCGGUUGGUGGCCAAAUCUAGAUGGCAACAUUAACAGCCCAAACCUCGCUCGAGCAAUUUCAGCUCAGUACUUUGACUCCAUCAAGCCCCUCACGAAGCCCAACACAGACAAGCGAGAUUGCCGUGCUCUCAACCAACAAUAUCGCCUCUGGUGAGACAGUGAUCCAAGAACUCAAGCCUGUAGAUGGCGGAGUCGCAGCCUGGACCGUACUAAUUACCGCUUUCGUGUUCGAAGCCGUAUUAUGGGGAUUCCCCAUCUCCUUCGGCGUGUUCGAAGAAUAUUAUUCCACAAUCCCUGAAUUCAAAGACAGCUCGUCUAAAAUAGCACUCAUUGGCACCCUAGCACAAGGGCUCUCCUACCUUGGGGCUCCGUUCUCAGCCUCGGUUGCGAAACGCUUCCCGCGGUACCAACGGCAGCAAAUCUGGGCAGGCUGGCCGCUCUGCAUCCUUGGUCUUGUGUGCGGUUCAUUCACAACCACCGUGAACGGAUUGAUUAUCACCCAGGGAAUAAUGUACGGCGUUGGUUUUGUCACGUUAUACUAUCCUAUCAUUAGUAUGGUUGACGAGUGGUGGGUUGCGAGAAAGGGCAUGGCAUUCGGUAUCAUUGCCAGCGCAGCAGGUGCUUCUGGUACCGUCAUGCCCCUCAUUAUUAACGCUUUACUGAAGAAAUAUGGGUACAAGACGACGUUGAGAGCUAUUUCUGUUGCGAUGGUGAUCCUUACAGGACCGCUGAUCUUUGCGUUGAAGGGACGCUUGACGCAUUCUGAGCGCAGUACCAUGACGAGGACCAAUUGGUCCUUUGUUAGGAAACCGCUCUUUUGGGUUUAUUGUAGCUCAACACUCAUUCAAGGAUUGGGCUUCUUCUUCCCGGCUGUUUACUUGCCUUCUUAUGCUGCGGAUAUCGGUCUCUCGUCCACGCAAGGAGCGCUGAUAUUGGCGGCUAUGGCUAUUGCGCAAGUGCUGGGGCAAUUCGUGUUUGGUUAUCUUUCUGACAAACAUCUUCCAGUCAGCUCCUUGGCGAUAAUCUGUUCGUUCAUGGCGAUGAUAGCUACGUUUGGCCUAUGGGGGGUGGCGAAAUCCCUUGGAUUGCUCCUCACGUUCAGUAUCAUAUUUGGGUUCUUUGCGUAUGGUUUUGCCACGAUGAGAGUUGGUAUGGGGAGGGCAGUUAGCGAUGAUCCUUCUGGUGUUGUUGCAACGUUUGCGAUCUUGGUGUUUCUGCAAGGUGUUGGGAAUGUGCUUGUUGGUCCAAUUAGUGCGGGGUUGUUGGAGAAGACUGUGAGGAUUGAUGCUUACGGGAUCAAUAUUUAUAGGUCUCUGGUGAUCUUUACUGGGGCGUGUAUGUCUCUAAGCGCAGUGGUUAUCGUGCUUUGGUUUCUGCUGCCGAAAAAAGUGAGAGAGGUACAAUUUGGAGCAUCGCCGUCUAGGAAUUGAAAAUGGAGACGAAAGGGGGGAAAUGCUUUGAACCGGCCAUUGAUAAAAGCGGAAGGGGGCAUAAAAGCGGGAGAUGGUUCGAAAAUCAUGUUGAGUUGUCGGUAGGUCUUUUCAGGAGACUCUGCAACUAUGGUGAAAGGAUCGAUAUGAUAAAAAGUCCGGAUGCCGCUCGAGGUUCACAAAAAGGGGCGGUAUCCGAAACAUCAGGCCCAUUAUUAGCAUAGCUUAAAAAACGGGAUCAGUGUAACACUUCACAGGAAGGCUCGCUCAACUCUAAAGCAAUUUCAUCUCCAU